ACAAAGACUGGAGUUUUUAAGAUGGACUUUUUUUGUGGUGAAUGGGGGAGUUUGUACUUUUACAUUUUAUUUUAUGUAUAGAGGAGAUAAAUUAAAGCAUAUAUCAUUUCUACUAGAAUAAAACUCUGUAAUGCAAAACAAACUUCAUUUUGAUCCAUAGUAAUCUUCCUUUGUUCAUCAAUAACUACUUAUGAAGAACAACCACCUUACCAGUUUACUAUUCCACCAAAUAACCAGAACCAAAUUUCCUUUCGCUGCACCAAAAAAAACAAGACAUUAUCAUUCAAAGUGGAGAGAUUCCCUCACGAAAGAGCUAGACUCCAUUGAUGAUCACAUACCUGAAGAAACCACCUCCUUCUGCAUUUACAAAGUUCCCCAAACCAUGCGCAGUGUAAGGCCUAAAGCCUUCAAACCCACAAUCAUAUCAAUCGGCCCUUACCAUUACGGCCUUCCGAACCUACAAUCCAUGGAGAAUCUCAAGAAGCAAGUCUUCCACCGCCUUUUCCAUGGAAACCGAGCAGCUUUAUUCGACGCCAUGGACGCCAUGGAAGAACUUGGAGUCGAAGCUCAGAAAUGCUACUCCGACUACAAUAAACACGAGUUGGAUAACGACGAAUUCAACAAGAUGAUGCUCAUCGACGGCUGCUUUCUCGUCGAGCUUCUUCGAGAAUCGGAGAAAUCCGGCUUCAAAACUGGGCCUUGUACUUGUAGUAUCAUCAACAGAUGGAUGUUGCCUAGUCUGCGGAGAGACCUGAUCAAGCUCGAAAACCAGUUCCCGAUGUUCGUUUUGAACCGCCUAUUCGAUCUCACCAGAUCAAUUUCGCGUUUCUCGACCGAUUGUUAUUCCAAUCUUUCCCUUCAAGAACUCACCAUUCGAUUCUUCAACCCGCUAUUGCAUGGAGCAUCCAAUACUUGUACGGAAGGCUCUACAAUACAUGGGGAAGAAUAUUCCGUCGCCACCGCCGGUGGGAAGCAUUUUCUGGAUGUAUUCAGGAACAGUUUGCUUCCCGGCGGUGGGUUGUCGGAGGACGUGAUUAGGCAAGGAAAGCAAAUGCAUAUGAUCCGGUCAAUAAGCGAGCUGAGGGAGGCCGGAGUGAAGAUCAAGAAGGACGAAAGUCGGAGACCGCUUGAGAUAACGUGGGGGAGGUCGUCGAUGACGAUGUGGCCGGUCGGAAAGACGUUGACUUUGGGGCCACUUUUUAUCGACGACCGGAGGGGGACUCUGUUUCGGAAUUUGGUAGCGUAUGAGAAAUGUCACCCGGAAUGUAAGCCGGACGUGACUACCUACUUGUUCUUCUUUGAUGGGCUUAUUAACUCCGCCGAGGACGUGGAAAUUUUGCAUCACUAUGAGGUUCUCCACCAUUCCUUGGGUAGCAAUAUGGAGGUGGCUAGAUUAGUAAACAACAUAUGCAAGGAGGUUGGUCGAGAUUCGGAGGAGUCGUAUUUGUAUAUACAAGUUACAGAGGCCAACAAGUAUUAUCGCAGUCUCUAUGCGCAAGUGAGGGCGGGACUGAUACGCCACUAUUUGAGCAGCUGGGUUGUGGGUAUUUCCACUAUGGCUGCCAUUUUUGCUCUCUACUUGACUUUCAUCCAGACAGCCUGUGAAAUUGCCUGUGCAAUGUCUCACUUGCGUGACAUUGAAUUCACCUACUUCUUGAAAGAGUCUAUUUGUCUUCCUCUUUCUGGUAAGCUAAGGACCUAUGAAAAUAUUCCCAAUAACACUACUACUGGCAAGGACCUAAGGUCCUAUGAAAAUAUUCCCAAUGACACUACUACUGGGAAGGACGGCGAAAUGAUAGCAACAGAAAUAAGUAGUGCUUUUAUGUAUUGGUGUCCAUAAGUGUGCAACCCCAAUAAAGUUUAAUCUUUUAUACAUAAUUCGUUCAGUAUCUGUU